AUGUCGGCCCGGACGCCAUUGCCGACGGUGAACGAGCGGGACACGGAGAACCAUACAUCUGUGGAUGGAUAUACUGAACCCCAUAUCCAGCCAACCAAAUCAAGUAGCAGACAGAACAUCCCUCGGUGUAGAAACUCCAUUACGUCAGCAACAGAUGAACAGCCUCACAUUGGAAAUUACCGUUUACAAAAGACAAUAGGGAAAGGAAAUUUUGCCAAAGUGAAAUUGGCAAGGCAUGUUCUAACCGGUAGAGAGGUUGCUGUGAAAAUAAUAGACAAAACUCAGCUAAAUCCUACCAGUCUACAAAAGUUGUUUCGAGAAGUGCGAAUAAUGAAGAUAUUGAAUCACCCUAACAUAGUAAAAUUGUUUGAAGUUAUUGAAACAGAGAAGACUCUCUAUUUAGUCAUGGAAUACGCGAGUGGGGGUGAAGUAUUUGAUUACUUAGUUGCCCAUGGAAGAAUGAAAGAAAAAGAGGCCCGUGCAAAAUUUAGGCAGAUUGUAUCUGCUGUACAGUAUUGUCAUCAAAAGUGCAUUGUUCACCGUGAUCUUAAGGCUGAAAACCUUCUCCUUGAUGCUGACAUGAAUAUCAAAAUUGCUGACUUUGGGUUUAGUAAUGAGUUUACGGUCGGGAGCAAGCUGGACACAUUUUGUGGAAGCCCGCCUUACGCUGCUCCUGAGCUUUUCCAAGGGAAGAAGUAUGACGGGCCCGAGGUAGACGUGUGGAGCCUUGGCGUCAUUCUCUACACGCUAGUCAGUGGCUCCUUGCCUUUUGAUGGCCAGAACUUAAAGGAACUGCGGGAGCGGGUCUUACGAGGGAAGUAUCGUAUUCCCUUCUAUAUGUCCACAGACUGUGAAAACCUUUUGAAGAAAUUAUUAGUGCUGAAUCCAAUUAAGAGAGGCAGCUUAGAACAAAUAAUGAAAGAUCGGUGGAUGAAUGUUGGUCAUGAAGAAGAAGAACUAAAGCCAUAUGCUGAGCCUGAACCAGAUUUCAAUGACAUGAAAAGAAUAGAUAUCAUGAUCACCAUGGGAUUUGUACGAGAUGAGAUAAAUGAUGCCUUAAUAAAUCAGAAAUAUGAUGAAGUCAUGGCUACUUAUAUUCUGCUAGGUAGAAAACCACCUGAAUUUGAAGGUGGCGAAUCGUUAUCCAGUGGAAACCUGUGUCAGAGGUCCCGGCCCAGCAGUGACUUAAACAACAGCACCCUACAGUCCCCUGCUCACCUGAAGGUCCAGCGGAGCAUCUCAGCAAACCAGAAGCAGCGACGCUUUAGUGAUCAUGCUGGUCCAUCCAUUCCUCCUGCUGUAUCAUAUACCAAAAGGCCUCAGGCUAACAGCGUGGAAAGUGAACAGAAAGAGGAGUGGGACAAAGAUGUGUCUCGUAAACUUGGCAGCACAACAGUUGGAUCAAAAAGUGAGAUGACUGCAAGCCCUCUUGUAGGGCCAGAAAGGAAAAAGUCUUCAACUAUUCCAAGUAACAAUGUGUAUCCAGGAGGUAGCAUGGCAAGAAGGAAUACAUAUGUCUGUGAAAGAACCACAGAUCGAUACACAGCGUUGCAGAACGGAAAAGACAGCAGCCUUACAGAGAUGUCCGCGAGCAGCAUGUCCUCUGCGGGCUCCGCCGUGGCCUCUGCUGUGCCCUCAGCACGACCCCGGCACCAGAAGUCCAUGUCUGCUUCCGGCCAUCCCAUUAAAGUCACACUGCCGACCAUUAAAGACAGCUCUGAAGCUUACAGGCCCGGCAGCACAACCCAGCGCGUGCCCGCUGCGUCGCCGUCUGCUCACAGUAUUAGCGCCUCGACCCCCGACCGCACCCGCUUCCCCCGCGGCAGCUCCAGCCGCAGCACCUUCCACGGGGAGCAGCUCCGCGAGCGCCGCAGCGCCGCCUACAAUGGGCCGCCCGCCUCCCCGUCCCACGAGCCGGGGGCCUUCACGCACGCCAGGAGGGGCACGUCCACUGGUAUAAUAAGCAAAAUAACGUCCAAAUUCGUCCGCAGGUCAUUUUUGUCUUCAUUUUCCACCCUACCCCCUCUGUCCUCUUAUUCCAGAAGUACAACAGGGGAACCAAAAGAAAGAGAAAAGGAGGAGGGUAAAGAUUCUAAGCCACGUUCUCUGCGGUUCACGUGGAGCAUGAAGACCACUAGUUCAAUGGACCCCAAUGACAUGAUGAGAGAAAUCCGCAAAGUGUUAGAUGCAAAUAACUGUGAUUAUGAACAGAAAGAGAGGUUUUUGCUUUUCUGCGUCCAUGGUGAUGCCAGGCAGGAUAGCCUUGUGCAGUGGGAAAUGGAAGUCUGCAAGUUGCCACGACUGUCCCUCAAUGGGGUCCGCUUCAAGCGAAUAUCCGGGACGUCCAUCGCCUUUAAAAACAUUGCAUCUAAAGUAGCAAAUGAGCUGAAGCUGUAA